GAACAAAGCUCUUGCCGCCAAACGCGCAGCUGACGAAUCGUGGGAAUAAACGUGCGCAAUUAAUAACAAUAAAAUAGUCGGAGUCGGAUUUGCGUUUCAAGUCGCUGGGGAAUAGAAGUGUCGCUCGUGCUCCCAGUUUCAAGUUGACAGUUACUACUCCCUUUUGUGCUUCGUUUCGGUCCCCGUUCCGUUAGUUUUAGCUUUUCGCGUCCUUCCCUGUUCCUUCGUGAUUUGUGUUCCCUGUGCCGCGGCUGUUCGGUGGUGCAGCCCUUCCGUCUCCGGUGGUGCGAUCGCAACUCAACUCCAAAGCAGCCAAAACGAGAAGGGAGCGACAGGUCCAGUACAAGAGCAAAACAAGAUCACGCGGACCUCUUCGGUGGUUUUUUUUUCGCGUACAGUGGUUGUGAAACAGUCAUUUUAUCAAAAUUUGCCUAAAAUAAUCGCAGUGCUCCGAAAUAUAAAUUCCUAAAAUCUCAGAAAGAGUAAAAAGCUAAUAAAAUCGUGCUGUUAUUUAAAACACUUCCCAAACGAUUAUAGAGUUUAAAAAUGAGCCAGCAAUUGCUGCUUUUCAACAUAGAGAAUACAAUUUUAAUUGCUUGUACUUUUUCUGUGAUUUCCAUUUAACAGCUGCCACUGCAACUUUCAGUAAAUAAUAGAACACAAAUUAAGUUGAAAGUGAUCCGUUGUGCGUGUUGUUAGCCAGCCGAUUGGCAAGUGUUCAAAAUCAGUGUAGUCUAUUUCUAAUUUGCGUCGAUUUUUCCAGUUAUUGUGUAUUCUGUGUUGCCACGCCCCUCGCCUCCGUGACAGGGCCUACCGUCGUUCCUAAGCCCGUGUCUAAAUUAUCAAAGUGUUUGAAAAACUAAAAGCUGAAUUUUUAAGUUUUACCCAAAUCACAAAUUCCUCUUUGGAUUACAAACUGAACGGAUAACCACUACGAAGUCAAGAGAGCAAGUUGCUGCAUCCUGCUCACUUAUUUGCGCCCGUCCGCUCCCCUUUCAACUAGUAUAACUACUGCUACUAGCACCACCAAACCAACACCACCAACCACCAGCACCACCGUCGCGAACGUGUGUCGUGUGCAGUGUCAGUGUCUCUCGAGUUAGCCAAGUUGUCCCCAGCUAAACCAACACAGCGCAUAGAAUAUAUUGUUUAAUACAUUUGUGUGCAUAUAUGUUUGAAAAAUAAUCAAAGAGAUAUAAAAUCUUUUUGCUGACAUCCGAUGUGAGAAGUCUUAAUCCCCGAGCCUUUGGUGAAUGUCAAAUGCAAAUUUAUUAGAGUGCUCUGACCAACGAAAUUAAUUUCUGUGAAUAUCCAUUAAAUCGCCAGCCAAUUACUUGCUUAAAUUCAAACGAAUUUGUGUUCUCAUAAAUUAUCAGCGGGAGAACCCCAUUUAUAAAUAACCAUAUCGGCUAUUGUAUAUUUAUUUUUAGCUCUUUUAUUUUCCGUUUAGUUUGUGUUUUUAUUUUCGGUUGUCCUUCUCAUAUGGCUCAGCUACCGCACUAUAAUAUUCAUUUAAAUUAGUUUAUCGCGAUACAAAACGUCGAAGUCGAGCCGAAAUCAUAAAACACAAACUUAGAAGGCGCCAACGCUGACUACGGCUCCACAUGUGUGGGUUCCUUUAAAGUGGGUAGCGACCAUGAUGUCCUGCCCCCUUCCCAUGCAAUUACCGAUACCGAUUCCUUCAAUACACAAAUCAGAAUUUGCACCGGUUCACAUUGGAGUCAAGGUAAGGAUCGAUGAACAGUAUAUAUAUAAACUGAACUAUUUGCGCGGAAGCGACGAACUUUUGAGUCAAGCAGCAGUCAUGGCGCCCGCUUCCGACAAUAACAAUCAGGACCUGGCCACAAAGAAGGCCAAACUGGAGCCGGGCACCGUGCUGGCCGGCGGAAUUGCCAAGGCCUCCAAAGUCAUCCACUUGCGCAACAUUCCAAACGAGUCCGGCGAGUCGGAUGUGAUUGCCCUGGGCAUUCCGUUCGGACGCGUGACCAACGUGCUGGUGCUCAAGGGCAAGAACCAGGCGUUCAUCGAGAUGGCCGACGAGAUCUCCGCCACGUCGAUGGUGUCCUGCUACACAGUUAAUCCGCCCCAGAUGCGCGGCCGCAUGGUCUACGUGCAGUUCUCCAACCAUCGCGAGCUGAAGACGGACCAAAGUCACAAUAACUCGGUCGUCCAGAGCGACUACCGCAUCCAGUCCCCGGCCGGCGGAUCGCCCCUGCCCCUCUGCGCCGCUGCCAAUGCGACCAGCAACAAUGCCAACAGCUCCGGCGACAGCAACAGCAGUGCCGUGGGCAUCUUGCAGAACAACACGAGCGCCGUCAAUGCAGCCGGAAACAACACGAACUCGGCCGGCGGACCCAACACGGUGCUCCGUGUGAUCGUGGAGUCGCUGAUGUACCCCGUCUCGCUGGACAUUCUCCACCAGAUAUUCCAGCGCUACGGCAAGGUGCUGAAGAUCGUCACCUUCACCAAGAAUAAUUCAUUCCAGGCCCUGAUCCAAUAUCCGGACGCCAAUUCCGCCCAGCACGCCAAGUCGCUCCUGGACGGGCAGAACAUAUACAACGGCUGCUGCACGCUGCGCAUUGACAACAGCAAACUGACGGCGCUGAACGUCAAGUACAACAACGACAAGUCGCGCGACUUCACGAACCCCGCGCUGCCGCCGGGCGAACCGGGGGUGGACCUCAUGCCCACCGCCGGAGGACUGAUGAACACCAACGAUCUGCUACUGAUCGCCGCCCGGCAGCGGCCUUCUCUCACAGGUGAUAAAAUAGUCAACGGCCUGGGCGCCCCGGGAGUCCUGCCGCCCUUCGCCUUGGGUCUGGGCACUCCGCUGACCGGCGGCUACAGCAACGCCCUGCCCAACUUGGCCGCCUUCUCGCUGGCCAAUAGCGGUGCCCUGCAGACGGCCGCUCCCGCUAUGCGCGGAUACUCAAAUGUUCUGCUCGUCUCGAAUUUAAAUGAGGAGAUGGUCACGCCUGAUGCUCUCUUUACCCUCUUUGGUGUAUACGGCGAUGUGCAACGUGUAAAGAUUCUGUACAACAAGAAGGACUCGGCACUCAUUCAGAUGGCGGAGCCCCAGCAAGCUUAUUUGGCCAUGUCUCACCUUGAUAAAUUACGUUUAUGGGGCAAGCCGAUACGUGUGAUGGCCAGCAAACACCAGGCCGUGCAGUUGCCCAAGGAGGGACAGCCGGACGCCGGGCUCACACGUGACUACUCGCAGAAUCCGUUGCACCGCUUCAAGAAGCCGGGCAGCAAGAACUACCAGAACAUUUAUCCGCCGUCGGCGACACUGCAUUUAAGCAACAUUCCCUCAUCCUGCUCUGAGGAUGACAUCAAAGAAGCCUUCACCUCAAACAGCUUCGAAGUCAAAGCAUUCAAAUUUUUCCCGAAGGACCGUAAAAUGGCGCUGCUGCAGCUGUCCUCCGUGGAGGAGGCCGUUCUGGCGCUGAUCAAGAUGCACAACCACCAGCUAUCCGAGUCGAACCAUCUGCGCGUGAGCUUCUCCAAGUCGAACAUCUAGAAUCCGAUCCGAAGUCAGGUUUACUGAACCUGACUGGGUGCCUCCGGCGGGUACAGCUACAUGCAGAUGCACCAGCAACACCUACAGGUCUAUUGGCAGCAACAGA